CAUAACAUGUUUGGGUGGACUACUUAUUAUAUGUAGGCUUAUCAAAGGCUCUUCUUAUGAAGAUUGAAUGCAUGACAAGGUUCAAGGAAGACAGCAAAAUGCCGUCGGACUAUGAUAAAGAUGCGUACCCGGAGCCUCCCCGCCAGACUCCCGUCGUGGACAAGCAGACGACCCUUCCCAACCCAGCCCUGAUUUUGACUAAACUCUUCUAUUAUUCCGUGGACCUCCCUGUCACCACAUUCAGAGAACUUGUGGAGGGUAUCCACUCAGGCAACAAGUACAACUACUACCAUCAGAAGUUCCGCCGUGUCCCCGAGCUGACCGAGUGCACAGAGGGAGACUACACCUGUUACUAUGAGGCUGAGAUGCAGUGGAGGAGAGAUCAUAAGGUAGACCAGGAGAUAGUGAAGGUGGUCCAGGAGCGUCUGAGGGCCUGCCAGCAGAGGGAGGGUACCAGCUACCACCAGAACUGUUCCAAGGAGCUGCAGCAGUUUGCUGACGUGGCCAAGGCCUACCAGUCACGCUAUGGGGAUCUGGGAGCCUAUGCCAGCUCAAGGAAAUGUCUGAUGAAGCAGAAAGACAGGAUGAUGGCGGCCGAGGCGGAAGCUUAGACAAUGCAACCCCUAAUCACUGUUCCAAGUCUCUCGCCUAUGUAUGAAAUGUAGAGUAAAUAUGUUUAUUGGAGAGAAAAAAUGGUCCUCAUUGCAUUGUUUAGCUGUAGUAACAGACAACUAUUUGAAUGUGCUGCAUUUACCCUCGACUCCAGCAGUUUUUUUUUUUUAGCUUUCUCCAGAACUCAAACCAUUCUCAAAUCGGAACUAUUGUGGUCUGGUCCCACAAAAUUGGGCUGCAUGGUGCAAGUAGACUGCCACAAGUAGUGCUGAAUCUUCAUGUAUUUCAUGUAUUUAACUUGAUUGCUUGUCCCUGCACCUCACUUGAACAAAACGCAUAGAUGUCUGAGCAGAGAAGCUCAGACAUCAAGUGGUCCUCAGUAGCUCAAUUGGUAGAGCAUGACGCUUGUAGGGUAGUGGGUUCGAUCCCCGGGACCACCCAUACGUAAAAAUGUAUGCACACAUGACUGUAAGUCGCUUUGGAUAAAAGCGUCUGCUAAAUGGCAUAUUAUUAUUAUAGAAGCAUUGAAUAUUCUCAUUUCAAGGUGACACAGAACACAAAGAAUCGGAAGCAAAUGGGAUUCACCUUGGUCACAAUCAAGAGGUGCAACGUUGUGAAAUGUAGAUCUCAUUGAGCAGUCAUGAUUAAAUCUACAUGAUGGCACAUCUAUCGGAACCGGAGGUUUUACCCCACAGAACACGCAAGUCAUUUUUAAAGCAGUCAAAUGUUCAUUAUCUGGUUCUAAAAGAAAGCUGGUUUGUCUAUAGUCUGUGAAUUCAAAACAGUUUCAAUAGAUUUUUUGCAUGUAUCAAGACCACUGGCGCACUGGGCCAACCACUCUUAAAUAGCACCUGGGCCAGCACAGGUGAAACACCUCAUUAAUAAGAUGGCAACCAGCACAGGUGUAACACAUGCUGACAAGUCCAACCUCAAAACGUAAAUGGCACUGUGGCUGCAUCAAACAAUGGCUUCAGAAAGUAUUCAUACCUCUUGACUUAUUCCACAUUGUGUUAUAGCCUGAAUUUAAUAUGGAUUAAAUGUUUCUCACCCAA